CCACGAACAGCACAACCAUGUCCGACGACGAUGCAUUCCCCGACUACUCCACCGAUCCCGCCUGGGCGGACCUCACCCCACUCCCCACCGACGAAGGCGGCCCCUCUCCCCUCGCAGCAAUCGCCUACUCCGAAGAAUACGGCACCGCAAUGUCCUACCUCCGCGCCCUCAUGGUGCUGAACGAACACUCGCCCCGCGCCCUCACGCUCACCGAACACCUGAUCUCGCUGAAUCCCGCGCAUUAUACUGUGUGGUUGUACCGUGCGUCUAUACUCUUCGCGCUAGGGUCGGAUCUGAGAGAGGAAUUGGAGUGGUUGAGUGACAUCGCGUUGUCGCAUCAGAAGAACUACCAGAUUUGGCAUCAUCGAAAUCUGAUCGUUGAUAAACUGGGGAGUGCGGAUGGGGAAGGGGAGUUUGUGGAGAGGAUGUUUGAGUUGGACGGGAAGAAUUAUCAUGUUUGGAGUUAUCGGCAGUGGCUUGUCAAGAGGUUUGGAUUGUGGGAGGGACAUGGGGAGAUGGAGUUUGUGGAGAGGAUGUUGAGUAAAGAUGGGAGGAAUAAUUCGGCGUGGAAUCAUCGGUGGUUUGUGGUCAAUGGGAGGGAAGACGAGGGAGUGGCUGGCGUCAAAGGGGACGAGGAGGUGAGGAGGACGGAGCUGAGGUUCGCGAUGGACAAGAUAAGGGAGAUACCCGGGAAUCAGAGUGCGUGGAGCUAUUUGAGGGGAGUGGUGAGGGUUGGAGGGAUGAGGUUGAAGGAACUGAAGGGGUUUGUGGAGGAGUUUGCGAGUCUGGGAGAAGAGGAUGGCGUGAGGAGUAGUCAUGCGUUGGAUAUGCUGGCGGAUGUGUUGGCGGAGGAGGAUGGAGAGGGGAAGAAGAAGGCUGCGGAGGCGUUGGAUCUGUUGGCGAAGAAGUAUGAUCCAAUCAGGAAGAACUAUUGGGAGUAUCGGAAGGGGUUGUUGGGAGUGGAGGGUGCUGCUGCGUGA